CUGAGGGGAGUCUUUGACUUGUUCUGGUGGCUCAUAAAGAUCUGCAGCCGGAGACGCACACAUUUGGUGGACAACACUAUAACACUGGGAGCUAAAGAUGUCACAACACAACAUGCUCUUCUUCAUCUUUUUGGCUGCCGUUUCUUCAGUAGUUGAUCUGAGUGACAUGGAAGCCACUUAUAGGCCAGACAGUAUCUGUGCAUUGGAAGGAUCAACUGUGAGGAUUAACUGUGUAUACAAAUAUUCAGCAGGUGUUAAUAUUCAAAACGAAAUGUGGUUUUAUGGUACUAAAAAAUACGACGUAACUAGUGACAGAGAAACCACAGUGUAUCAUACAAAUGAGUGGGAAGUGCCCAGCAGUUACAGACACCGAGUUCAGUUCUUGGGGAACAGAAACAAAAAGUGCUCCAUAAAUAUCAGCAACGUGAGCAGAGAGGACAGCGGCUUCUACACGUUUGGAGUGCAAAAAUAUUCUUCAGGCUAUUAUUACUGGACUUUUGAGCCAGGAGUCCAUGUCACAAUCACAGGUCUAAAGAUUGAAGCAACAGCAAAAAAUGUAAAAGAAAAUGACCCAGUGACCCUGAGGUGUAAAAUGAAUUGCAGCCUUUACGGCAGCGUUUUUUGGUUUAGAAAUGGACGACGUUUAAAUCACACUUCGGCAGAGCUGAAGAUCCAGAGAGCCUCCUAUGAAGACCACGGCAAUUUCUCUUGUCAGAACGACAAUUUCACAUCCCCAGAGUUUCUACUGAAUGUUGAGUACAUUCCCAAGAAUGCCGUCAUCACUGUUAAGCCGGCCACUUGCACAGAAGAGAUGACAUUGGUGACUUUAUACUGCAAAGCUUUGGCAAACCCACCCUGUACCUACAGCUGGGUCAAGGAGAACAGGAGCCAAGUAGGAUCAGAAGAACAACUGCACAUCACUGAGUUCAACAGGAGUCAUGCCAGGUCCUACCACUGUGAAGCCACAAAUAAAUAUGGGACAGUAAAGUCUCCAGCUAUCAACGUGACAGUAAACGAAAACAUGAAUUGUUCAGACAACAAGCCCUUGAAUAUUGCACUGUAUUCUUUACUGAGUGCUGCAGUCCUAGCAGGAUUGGCAUUGGCGGUUUUCAUACUUUUAAGGAAAAGGACCAAGAAGACAAAACAGCAAAAUGGAGACGUCCAAGGAAGAAAUGAGACUGCCAUAAGUCCCGUCUAUGAAGACGUACCCAAUGCUGAACCUGCUCAGCAGAAUAAGCAGGAAGACGAGCAAACUUUGAAUUACAUGUCCGUGCAGUUUAAAUCUCACCCUAGCAAAACAAUAAAUGACAAAGAAGAAGAAAAGAGAGUAGACAAUGCUAAAGACAUCAUCUACACUGCAGUAGUCACUAAGUGAUAAGGUGUGUGUGUCUGUGGACCCCGACUGCGGAGGCUGCAAUGAACACGGCUGGAUUGUUGGCUUCUGUGAAAUGACUGAAUUGAUCAAAGACGAAGUCUGCACAAAUAAAAUGAACAAAUAAAACACAAUUGUGACCCUCUGAAGUGUACGUGACCAGUGUCCAGCUGUGACCCUGCAGGUCAGCCAAUAGACCAAGUGGGUCUUAAGGACGUGCGCACUUUCAGUGGAUUACUUGUCAGAAAGAUCAACAUUGGCCUUCAUGCCCAGGGGCCAGCGAGGGGACAUUCAGUGUCAGAGCCGAAUUAGCAAAAUACUGAAAGUGGGAGAACCUUUGAAUGGGAAGAGUUUCUCCUUUGCACAAACUAUAAAAAGUAUAAAGCAUUUUGGAAAUCAGGUGACAUUUUCCUCUGUAUUACUGAGAACAUUAAAAAAGGAUGAACUAACUAACGUGUAUAACGCGUCUGCCUAAAUCAA